CUUGUCAAAGUCUUUGACCAACAAAAACUGCACAAACAAGUUCUACUAAUAAUAGUCUGAAUUAGAACAUCCCCAAAGAAAGCAGAGUGAGAAGGAGGAAGAAAGAGGAGAGAGAUAGAAGCCCUACAAAACCCUAGUUCGAUUCUACCUCUGCAAUUCUCAUCCUCUCCAUUUCAAUUCUCUUGUGCAUCUUCCUCUGUUAUACCCUAAUUUCACUCUUCUUCAUCUUAAUUUCUUCAUCCCCAACUUUUCCCCUAAUUUAAUUGACAUUACAAUUUGCUCAAAACCCAUAUAUAUUACUUGGAAAUUGUGCUCUCCAAUAAAUUUAAUUAUUUAAUUCAGGCUCCAAAUUGCGUGAAGAGAGAGAAAUUAGAGAGAGAAAGUAAUGGAAGGAAUGCCGCAGAGUACACCGAGAACAGUUGAAGAAGUUUUUAACGAUUUCAAAGGAAGGCGCAUUGGUUUGAUCAAAGCUCUCACCGCUGACGUUGACAAGUUUUAUCAGCAAUGUGAUCCUGAGAAGGAGAACUUGUGUCUCUAUGGACUUCCGACUGAAACAUGGGAAGUCAAUCUACCUGUGGAAGAGGUACCUCCUGAGCUUCCAGAGCCAGCAUUAGGUAUUAAUUUUGCUAGGGAUGGCAUGCAGGAGAAGGAUUGGCUAUCAUUGGUUGCUGUUCACAGUGACUCAUGGCUACUUGCUGUAGCUUUUUACUUCGGUGCUCGCUUUGGUUUCAACAAGAGUGAGAGGAAGAAGCUAUUUCAGAUGAUAAAUGAUUUGCCAACUGUCUUUGAAGUUCUGACUGGGAAUGUCAAGCAACCAAAGGAUCAUUCUGGUACUCAUAACAGCAGCAGCAAAAUUAAAUCUGCUGGAAAGCAGGCACGGCAGCCUGAGAACCACAGUAAAGCAGCAGUUAAAAUGCCUAUACCGCCAAAGGAAGAAGACAGUGGCGGGGAAGAAGAAGAGGAAGAUGAUGAACAGGCAGGGACCUUGUGUGGAGCAUGUGGCGACAAUUACGCCACUGAUGAGUUUUGGAUUUGCUGUGAUGUGUGUGAGAAAUGGUUCCAUGGUAAAUGUGUAAGAAUCACGCCUGCUAAAGCUGAGCAUAUCAAGCAGUACAAGUGCCCUGGCUGCAGUAGUAAGAGGGCUCGAGUUUAAUAAUUUGCGGCUGAAGAAGCAACUGGUUGAGCUCAUUGGUCAAUUAAAGGUUUAUACAACUCAUUGAUCGAAUCAAAGUCGAGAUCUUGUAGACUUCUGUUUUCCCAUUCACUGUUAAGAAGAGGCAGGUCAGCAGCAACCCAUUGGAUUGAAUGAAAUGAAAAAAAAUGUUACUGGAUGGGAAUCAAGAAUUUGUUUGUUGACAUUUAAUCUUAAUUUGUUGAAUUAUUAGAAAUCGUUUCCUUAAUGGAUGCUGGCAAGUUGACUCACAGCAGAGGUUCAUGUGGUAAUGUUUAUGUUCAGUUUUUCCUAAUGUUAUAUUGAGUGCCUUCUGCUUUCGCUCACUUUUAAUAAUCUAAACAAUAUACCGA